AGUAGUAGUAGUAGUAGCAGUAGUAGAAGCAGUAGUAGCAGCAGUAGUAGUAGUAGCAGUAGUAGUAGCAGUAGUAGCACUAGCAGUAGCAGUAGCAGUAGUAUCACCACAUUCAGCAGCAGCAGCAGCAGCAGCAGCAGCAGCAGCAGUAGUAGUAGUAGUAGUAGUAGUAGUAGCAGUAGCAGCAGCAGCAGUAGUAAUAGCAGCAGUAGCAGCAGCAGUAGUAACAGUAGCAGUAGUAGCAGCAGCAGUAGUAGCAGCAGUAGUAGCAGCAGCAGUAGCAGCAGCAGUAGCAGCAGCAGCAGCAGCAGCAGCAGCAGUAACAGCAGUAGUAGCAGUAGUAGUAGCAGAAGCAUAUCAGUGAUGGUUAGUAGUAGUAGUAGUAGUAGUAGUAGUAGUAGUAGUAGUAGUAGUAGUAGUAGUAGUAGCAGCAGCAGCAGCAGCAGCAGCAGCAGCAGCAGUAGCAGUAGCAGCAGCAGCAGCAGCAGCAGCAGCAGCAGCAGCAGCAGCAGCAGCAGUAGCAGCAGCAGCAGCAGCAGUAGCAGUGGCAGUGGCAGCAGCAGCAGUGGCAGUAGCAGCAGCAGCAGCAGUAGCAGUAGCAGCAGCAGCAGCAGCAGUAGCAGCAGCAGCAGCAGCAGCAGUGGC